AUGGCCUUUAUCGUGGCGGUGGCUACCUUGCUGGGCGCGUCGGUGGUGGCCGCCCAGACCACGCGCUGCCCGUCCUGGGGGGUGGCCAACGGCCAGGGCGUGACCGAGCGCGACCGUGCGGCCGUCGAGCCCGGCGUGUUCACUGAGCUGUCCGAUGCGGAGCUGCGCGCCGUGAUCGCUUACCUCGGACGCGCGCUCAAGACGGAGCCGGCACUGUACCGAAACUUCAUCCACGGGGCCUGGCUCGAGGUGCCCCCGAAAUCGGAGGUCCUGAACUAUCUGGACAACAACGGCCCCAAGCCGCAGCGCCGCGCGCGCGCCAUCGUCGUGAUGGGCGCCUCCAAUCCGCCGGUGGUGCAGGAGGUGCUCGUGGGGCCGCUGCCGAACCCGACGCAGCACUCGUUCGCGCUGAUCAACCGGACGGCGACGUCCCUGCCGUUCAACCUGCGGCCGCACAGCGGGGCGGACAUCCCCGGGCAGAUCUACCACCUCACAAGCAUGGCGGCCGUCCUCAAAACCUUCUUCCGAGAGGCUUUUGGGGCCGCCUAUGGCGACGGCUGCGAGCCGAACUGCAUGUACGACAACUAUGCAACCGUCGGGUGGCUGUCCGAUCAGAUCCCGCGCGCGGUGUGGCUGUGGUUUGUGCGGCCGCUCAACACGGCGUCGGACGGCAACUUCCUGCACCCGCUGCCGCUGCAGGUCGCGAUCGCGCAGAACGGCCAAAACCCCGAGAACUGGAGGAUCGUAAAGAUCUGGUUCUGGGGCAACUGGUUUGACUCAGCAGAGGCGCUGGCGGCGGAAUGGGCCAACCCCAACAGCAAGCUGCGGGCCCUCAAGGUCAAAUACCCAACUGGCAGCGAGAUGCUGUACAGCGCGUUCAAGCAGCGGCCCGGGCCGCGGCGUGGGGAGAGGCAGCCGAUUGGGCCGAUCCAGUUUGAACCCUACGGGCGCAGGUUCACCAUCACUGGCAACAAGGUCAGCUGGCUGGGCUGGGAGAUGAACGUAGGCAACAAGCCCACCUCGGGGCCGCGGCUGUGGGACAUCCGCUUCAAGGGCGACCGCAUCGUGUACGAGCUGUCGAUGCAGGAAGAGAUGGCAGCGUAUGGCGGCGACGACAUCGUGCAGAGCCACACGGUCUUUUUGGACAGCCACUGGGGGGUGGGCGCGUCGGUCCGCGAGCUCGUGCACGGCGUGGACUGCCCCCUCACGGCCGCCUACAUGGAUGUGGUGACGCUGUACAAAGGGAUGGCGGCGCCUGUCGUUCACAAGAACGCAAUCUGCGUUUUUGAGUCGGACCAAAACGUGGCCGCACUGCGUCACUAUGACUACGCCUUCAAGUACUACGGUGCCGUGAAGAGCCACGUGCUGACAGUGCGCGCGGUGUCUGAGGUGUACAACUAUGACUACAUAUGUGAUUUCAACUUCUAUGUUGAUGGCACUAUUGAGCCACGCGUACAAACUUCUGGGUACAUCCAGGCUGCAGGCGGCUUCCGCCCCUACAUGCGCAACAAGUUUGGCUACCCACUCAUGUACAAUGUCAGUGGGUCCAUCCACACGCACCUGAUUGCCUGGAAGGUUGAUAUGGACAUACUCGGCACCAGGAACAGCAUCAACAUGCACACCAUUGGGCUGCAAAAGACAACCAUUCCAGGGCUGGGCCUCAGCGUAUGGAACCACAAGUAUGACGCCAAGAUUUGCGAGAAGGAGGAUGAGACAGGCAUCAAGUACGACGCAAACAAGCCUCAAUUCCCUGUGUUUGUAUCAGAAAAUGGACCCAGGAACCUCAACAAGUGGGGAAGCCUGAGAGGAUACAAGUUCAUGCCCAAGAGCGUGAUGCACAACCUCAUACCGGAGGGCGAGGGCUGGGGUGCCGGGCUAGGCUUUGCCAACUGGGGCUUCAUCGCGACCGUCCGCAAGGACAACGAGCCCGACAGCAGCGUGAUCUACUCCCAGGCCGACCUGGCCCACGCCCCGGUCCGGCUGCAGACCUUUGUUGAUGGCGAGGCGGCGCGCAACCAGGACCUGGUUGCCUGGGUGUCCUCGGGCCUGUACCACAUACCCAUCUCCGAGGACGCGCCGGUCACGCCGACUGUUUACAACCACCUUGGGUUCAUGCUGGUGCCGUUCAACUACCACAACGAGAACGCGGCCAUGGACAUGGCUGACCGGUUCCAGAUCGACGACCAGGCGCCUGAGGAGCCGCCGGUGCAGCUGUACGCGUACACGGACCAGCCCAACAAGUACCAAUGCAUCCCCAGCUUUGACAAGGUCACUUUCAGCAAGGUUUGGGACGCAAACUAA